UGGCAGAGUACAGUUGGUAAGAGCAUUUGCUGCUCCUUUUCUCAGUGCCUACUGUCAGGAGGUUCUAAAUGGCCAAUUGCAUGGAAUACAAGCCCUCUUCUAGGCUCUAGGGACACCCACAUACGUACAAAAUUAAAACUUUCUCACACCGCCAUAGUAGUCCAGGGUGCUAUCAUCUGAGAAAAUUUAAAGCUGACUUAAUAAGAAUCACGUGCAAAAGUCAAAAAUCAGCUCAUGCUGAUUAGAAUUCAUGCGACCUAAACACUGUGAUGCACUCUUUUAAUCCCAACACUUGGGAGGCAGAGGCAGGCAAAUCUCUGAGUUUGAGGCCAGCCUGGUCUACAGAGUAAGUUCCUAGCCAGGGCUAGUGAAACCUGUCUCAAAAAUCAGAACAAAAAAGAACUAGUGUGAUGUAUUUUCAAUGUGUGGAGAAACGCUGGGGAAAACAGGAGAGAAUUAUGCUGGGUGGAGCGAUGCACAGCUAGGUGAGUUCUCCAGAAGGACAAAGGGGUCAAAGUACUUUGCGACAAGAAGGAAGAAAUCCUAACUUGAAGAAGCAGAAUCCGCCACAAGUUCUUUCAGGAACUUCAGGCCCUGGGGCGACAUCCGGGACAGGACCUAGGUAGUCGGUUUGCUGGAGCAGCCGGAACCCUCGCAACGCGUCCUGCUAGUUUCCAGUCGGCCAGGAAAAAAAAAAUCAAGUUCCGGCUGCUCCGGAAGUUAUGGAGUCGUUUCCGGGGCGGUCGGAGGAGGAGUAGGACUCCGAUGGGUCGAAGUCGUAGCCGCUCCCCGCGCAGGGAACGUAGGCGAUCCCGGUCCACAUCUCGGGAUCGAGAAAGAAGACGCCGAGAAAGGUCCAGGUCCAGGGAGAGAGAUCGCAGACGGAGCCGCUCAAGAUCCCCACACCGAAGACGCUCCAGGUCUCCAAGGCGACAUAGAUCCACAUCUCCCUCCCCUUCUCGGCUGAAAGAAAGAAGAGAUGAGGAGAAGAAAGAAACUAAAGAAGUAAAGAACAAAGAACGUCAGAUUACUGAGGAAGAUCUGGAGGGUAAAACGGAGGAGGAAAUAGAAAUGAUGAAAUUAAUGGGAUUUGCCUCUUUUGACUCCACAAAGGGAAAGAAGGUAGACGGCUCUGUAAAUGCCUAUGCCAUCAACGUGUCUCAGAAGAGGAAAUACAGGUAUGCACGUUCCAGGCCACGUGUGCUUAUGCUUGGAAAAGAGAGUUAUUACAGGAUUAUUGUGUUUAGGAAUGUUUUCCACAGUUUGCACAUGUGUGCUUGCUACCUCACUUGCGUACCCCCCACACCUCAUCUUUUGAGCCAUAGACGAAGAUAAACAUGACCCAGUCCUCGGGCCUCUGCCGCCCAAAUGUUGGGAUCACAAUUAUCCAUCCGCCAAGAUUGGCUCUAUGAGGUGUACUGUCUUUGUUGUCUGCCUUCUGAUGUAUCACAGUGUCCUUCAGUUUACAUGUUAGCAAACGAGCUCUGCCCAUUAUGCCAUGGGGUGGGCUCUCUGCACGGGAAGCUCAUAGUUCUGGCUGGACUGGUCAGUGAGCUCUUCUCCAACUGCUGGGGUUAUAGGCUAGGCAGUCAUGUCCAGUCUUUUACAACUCUCAUGCUUGGAAGGCCGCUCUUACCCACUGAACCAUCUCCUUGGCCCUGCUUUUGAGAACAGGGUCUCUAUGUAUUCCAGGCUGAGCUUGAACUCAAAAUCCUUGCACCUCCACCACUGCAAUACCAAUGAUUCUAGACACACACCAUCACACAACAGAUAAAAUAUUGCCAUUUGAAAGAUGCUGUGAGUUUGAAUUCUUGAAAUAUGUUUUUAUUAUACUUUUAAAAUGAGUCCAAAAUUUAAAAAAUACUUUUCUCUUUUUAUCGUAGGCAGUACAUGAAUCGAAAAGGCGGAUUCAACAGACCUCUGGAUUUUAUUGCAUGAGCCUAGAGGUGUUGGAUGGAUGAUUUUCCACCCCUCGUCUGGGUCAGAGAGUAUUUUAUAUUUUGUAUUUAAUACACAUCAAAACAGGAUCUUGAUUUUUCCUUCUUAUAAAGUAAGAAAGUCUUAUUUAUGACACUCACCUUACUUACUUUUCAAGGCAGUGUCCCUGGGGUGGCCACCAGCCCAUUUGUCUGUCCUUGUUCCUUUGAAACUAUGUGUGCUUUCUUCUUGGAUGCUUGCUAGGUAUUCUUAAAAACUGAAAGUAAAUUACAUGUUUCCCCAAUAAAACAAUGUUUCUACCCAUUUUA